AGUGGGCACAGUGGCUUAGGCAGGUCAGACCGCCUGUGAGUGUCAUCACACAGGAUCCGUGUUUUUGUGAGUUCCUCUCACUGGGCAUCACAUCCUGAAGGUUCAUCUCUGUUGUUGCCUGUAUCACAGUCGCCUUCCUUUUUCACAGUUGCGUAAUAUUCCCCAGCACACAUGGAUCUCACUCUGUGUGUAUCUAAUCCUCAAACAUUUAACAGUAGAGCCACCGUAUGAUCUAGCCAUCCCAGGUCUGGGUCUAUGUUUUUGUCGUCCUUCAGUCGUUAAGUUGCAUCCGACUCUCUGUGACCCCAUGAACUGCAGCGUGCCAGGCCUCCUUGUCCGUCACCAACUCCCAGAGCUUGCUCAAAUUCAUGUCUGUUGAGUCGGUGAUGCCAUCCACCCAUCUCAUCCUCUGUUGUCCCCAUCUCCUCCUGCCUUCAAUCUUUUCCAGCAUCAGGGUCUUUUCCAAUGAGUCAAUUCCUUGUAUCAGGUGGUCAAAGGAUCCGAGUUUCAGCUUCACCAUCAGUCCUUCCAAUGAACACUCAAGUCUGAUUUCCUUUAGGAUGGGGUGGUUGGAUCUCCCUGCAGUCCAAGGGACUCUCAGGAGUCUUCUGCAGCACCACAGUUCAAAAAAGCAUCAGUUCUUUGGCACUCAGCUUUCUUUAUGGUUGAUUUCCUAAAAAGUUCCUAUUUAGCAGCUUUUCCAAAACAAACUAGUAUUAAAUAUAUUCCUGCAAAGCCUCAUUCCAACGUACUGCAGUUUCUCAUCAUCAACUAGCCACUCUUAGGAAGUGAUUCCUGAAUCUGUUUCGGGGAGACUUACUUUGUUUUACGCUUGUUUUGAAAAGAGGUACUAUGAAAAUGCGUAAAAUCCCCUCUGGGGAACUCAUCCACCAGCACCACCUCCCCAGGGACCCCACCUUGAAAAAGAGGAAGCUUUUCCAUCGCUGACGGUUCUGCCCUCGGGCUCCGAGAGUUUCGUAACAGUUUGCGCAUUUAAUUAAAGCGUUCAGCUGACAGAUUACCGUUAACAGGCGGCCCGCUGUGUCCCUGGAGGGUUGGGGACUCUGUCCGUUGAAGGGCUGGUGGGCGGACAGGCGCUAGGGUCCCCGGGAGACACGGGGAAGCUGUCUUUCCGCCCGUUUCUGUGUGGACUUCCCCCCUCUGCAGGGGGCCGGGAGGGUCCUCCUCCAGCGCCUGGCUCAAGCCUGCUCACCUAGGACAGCCACCCUCCUUGCAGCUACCUGUCCUGCGAUCCGAGAGUUCCACUCAGAACACAGAGGGACAGACGGCCGGUCCGUUCUCCAUCCGCCAGCCCGUCUCCACCGCUCCGUCUGCAGAACAGAGCGUCCCCCCUCAGGGACAACAAACCAGAGACCGGCAGCCCCUACCCGGAGACCCUCCGCCCCCUCCCCCGCCACGGCCGCAGCAUGGACAUGAACGUGACGCGCCCGGACAACGCCACCAUCCUGAUGCUGCGCGACCCGGCCAUCGCGGUGGUGCUGCCUGCGGUGUACUCGCUGGUGGCGCUGGUGAGCAUCCCGGGCAACCUGUUCUCGCUGUGGGUGCUCUGCCGGCACAUCGGGCCCAAGACGCCGUCCGUCAUCUUCAUGAUCAACCUGAGCGUCACGGACCUCAUGCUGGCCUGCGUGCUGCCCUUCCAGAUCUACUACCACUGCAACGGCAACCACUGGGUGUUCGGCGUGGUGCUCUGCAACGCCGUCACCGUGACCUUCUACGCCAACAUGUACUCGUCCAUCCUCACCAUGACCUGCAUCAGCGUGGACCGCUUCCUGGGCGUCGUGUACCCGCUGGCGUCCGCCCGGUGGCGGCGCCGCCGCUACGCGCUGGCCGCCUGCGCCGCCACGUGGCUGCUGCUGCUGGUCGCGCUGUCCCCGCUGGCGCGCACCGACCUCACCUACGCCGUGGACGCGCUGGGCAUCGUCACCUGCUUCGACGUGCUCAAGUCCACCAUGCUGCCCAGCGUGGCCAUGUGGGCCGCCUUCCUCUUCACGCUCUUCGUCGUCCUCUUCCUCAUCCCCUUCGUGAUCACCGUGGCCUGCUACACGGCCACCAUCCUCACGCUGCUGCGCUCCGCCGACCGCCACGGCCGCGCGCAGCGGCGCCGCGCCGUCUGCCUGGCCGCCGUGGUCCUGCUCGCCUUCGUGGCCUGCUUCGCGCCCAACAACUUCGUGCUGCUGGUGCACAUGGUCAGCCGGCUCUUCCUGGGCCGCAGUUACUACCACGUCUACAAGCUCACGCUCUGCCUCAGCUGCCUCAACAACUGCCUGGACCCCUUCGUCUACUACUUCGCGUCCAGCGAGUUCCAGCUGCGCCUCCGCGACUACCUGGGCUACGGCCCGCUGCCCGCCGCCGACAGCCCCGACAGCCGCCGCGAGAGCCUCUUCUCCGGGCGGACUCUGUCCGCGCGCUCCGUGGACGGGCAGGAGGCGCCCGAGAGGCCCAGCGUGAGGCGGCAGGAGAGCGUGUUCUGAGACAGGCACCCCUCAUCGCGAGGGGGUGGAAUGUUGAGGGACAGCAGGGGUCUUUUCGGCCUGUUUUCAGUCACUCCGGGCGCAGUGGGAUUCAGCCAGACCACGCUGGACGGGCCCCUUUAGGGCCCCGUGCUCUGGGGUCUCACGGAACCCGGAGACAUCAGCUGGUCCCCCCCCUCACCACCACCACCAUCGGAGCCUGGCAAACGCCAGGGUCAGCUGCGCUGGGUUGCUGUCCGGGGCUCAGCUUCUCCAGUCAUGUCUGACCCUUUGCAACCCCAUGGACUAUACAGUCCACAGAAUUCUCCAGGCUAGAAUACUGGAGUGGAUAGCCCAUCCCCUUCUCCAAAGCAUCUUCCAAGCCAGGGAUCGAACCCAGGUCUCCUGCAUUGCAGGCAGCUUCUUUACCAGCUGAGCCACGAGGGAAGCCCAAGAAUACUGCAGUGGGUAGCCUGUCCCUUCUCCAGGGGAUCUUGGCCCGCCGAAGAAUCAAACCGGGCCCGCCUGCAUUGCAAGCAGGUUCUUUACCAGCUGAACCACCAGGAAACCAAACUUGUACUUAAACGUCCACAAGCGGCAGCCGCCGGACGGGAAGGAUCCAGGAGGUGUGGACCGAGGGGAGGUGUGGACCGAGGGGAGGUGUGGACCGAGGGGAGGUGUGGACCGAGGGGAGGUGUGGACCGAGGGUCUCCGGGUGGACAUGAAGUUGCUGAGGGUGGUCAGUUUAUGUUCCUACGGCUGUGUCUCCCUCGAGUGCCUCGGGCUGCAGCUUGCCUCGGGGGGGUCUCCCCUGGCCCCUUCUCUGCCCACCGAGCACCCCCAGCCACAGCAGGUCCUCCGGGGGUGUGCAGUGGCUCCUGGUCUGACCCCUGCGAUCCUUUGAGGGCCGGGCUAGAUCACCGAGCACACGAGCCCGCAGCAGCCCCCCGCAGCUGUGCGGUUUUGAAAAGAUGAUGGACCCCAGUUCCUGGAGCGCCCGGGAUGCUGAGACAGCAGGUUGUCAGGGUCUGCCUGAAAUAACCUCUGGGCAUCACAGGGAGAAGCGUAGGAUGAGUUCAGGGUUCCCUCGGCGGGGGGUGGGGAGGCGCAGAAAACAACCCUGAAGCCUGUAAAGGUGGGACCGAGCAGGGGCCAGCGGGGAGGGGCUUGGGGAGACCCCCAGGGCGGGGCGGCUGCAAAGCGGGGGACAUCCCCCGCCCCGGACCUCAGAGAUGCUGGUGGGACUGUGAGCCGAUGUUACGGGAGCAGUUGGUCCCCCGACGUCGUUGCUUGGGAAUGAGAAGCAGACACGCGUGUGGCGGAGUGGGUGGUGUCCCAACCCCACAAAUCCAUGUCUCCCGGGAAUAUCAGAGUGCGACCUACAGGAUCAGGGUGGCCCUAGACCCCUGUGACAGGGUCCUUAUAAGACACAGAGGGGGAGAGACACGGACACUGAGGAGAAGCCGUGUGGAGAUGCAGGCGGAGACGGGAGGGAGGCGGCCACCAGCCCAGGGAUGGACGCCUGGAGCCCCCAGAAGCUGGAAGAGGCAGGAAGGACCCUCCCCUGGAGCCUCUGCAGGGAGCUGAGCCCUGGGACCCCUUGACCCCAGACGUCUGGGCCCCAGGACUGGGGGCGGAUGGAUGCCUGUCUGGGAUCCCUCAGUUUGUAGAACUGUCACGGCCGCCCUAGGAGACCCCUGGAGUCUGAGAUUCUCAGACUGGGCCUCUGGCCACUGGCCAGGUGAUUCUCGGGGCCGCAGUGCCUGGUGCUGGCUCCCGGGGCGGGAUCUGUAUAGUGCCGUCCAAGCUCUUGGCGGGGAGAAGGACUUGCCUGCGGGUCCCACCCAUCCCCACCCCCACCACGGGAGGCCCCCACAGAGGACAGUGUCCACAAGCCCGUCCACAGUGCUUACACAGGGCAGAGACCCACCAUUUGGUGCCGGCCAGACACGCCACCCAGCCCAGAAAGGAUGUGUGCCCGCGGGCAGCGGGAGAAGGGCUGGCUUCAGGGACUCGGAUCGUCCCAGGGUGAGCGUGUGGUCCACCUGCUCUUCCCCAGCUGUUCCCAGAGCCGAGCGCCUAGAAAGCCAGGUCACCACAACAACUGUCCGGAGGCAGAAGAACCCUGACCCAGCAAGACGGUUGCAGCCACGUCCUGGGCGUGGGCUUCCAGCGACUGACGCUAAAAAGCUGUGAAAAACCUCAAACCACCCUCACGGAACUGUCUUCUUGCUGAGUUGAGAAGAAGCAUCACCGUCUGAAUUUGGAGGAAGCCGGUCUAGCCGAUAACGCUGCCCCUCACCACCCCCGCCCCCCAGCCCGCAAUAGGUGUGACGUCCAUCCAGCCUUUGGGUCCCAGAGGGCUCAGGUCAUAUUUUGUCACCAUCGUCACCACCAGUUCAUUGUCCAGCCCCUCGGGCCACCGACAUCGCCCUGAUUUCUGCGUCCCAAGGACCCCCAGUUCCGCUGAAGUUGCUCAGGGUCCGACAGCAUCUUCAGGGACCUGUCGACCUUUCUUAGGAGUGCCUGUCAGAUCAGCAGAAAUUCCAGGGCUGGAUUUCCUUUUGUUUCAGCAUGUUAAUAAUAUUGUCUGUGUCUCUCUGUUGGUCUUGUUCAGUUACUAAGUCUUGUCUGACUCUUUGCGCCCCCAUGGACUGCAGCAAGCCAGGCUUCCCUGUCCUUCACCACCUCCCAGAGCUUGCUCAAACUCAUGUCCAUCGAGUCGGUGAUGCCAUCCAACCAUCGCCCCCUCUGUAGUCCCCUUCUCCUCCCGCCUUCAAUCUUUCCCACCAUCAGAGUCUUUCCCAAAGAGUCAGCUCUUCACAUCAGCUGGCCAGAGUAUGACAUCUCUUUUCUUGAACCUGUUUUAAAACACCCACACAGAAGUCAUGGGGUUUGCUGGAAAUUGGCAGAUGAAGACGUUGAUUUAUUGUUUUUUCCCACUGUCUGCUGUGUCUUUGGAAACCUGUGUUUCUGUAAUUUCAGUGACAUUUCUCAGUGCCGUUAAAAAGCCUGUAGAGCAGGAAUGCGUGUAAAUGAACAAACUGCAUGGGAGUUCCUGAGGGGGAUGGAAUGUGUCGGAACACAGCUGUGGGAGUCUCGGAUAAACCCCAAACGCCGGGCUGGCUUGUUAAUUCCUGCUGCUCGCCCCUGGCCACAUCCCUGCCUCGGGUGGGGCAAGGGGGAAGGGGAUGAGAUUGGAACACAGAUCCAUCCUUGGAGAAACAGCGACGUCAGUUCUUUGUGGGGCCAGUGGGUGCCUGUGAUGUGUGUUCACCCAACAUGGAAGGAUGGAAUGACUGCCUAGAGUUUCAGUGCUAUGGUGACAACUGCUCUUUAAAUCUAGAACUUCAAAAUAAACCAUCUAUUUUUUUUUUUUCCCCAA